GUGCCGCGAAAACGUCUAACAUUUUUUUAGGUUUUUAUCACACAGAAAUUUCCGAGCCUAAGUUCUUUGUAUAAUUUCGCUUCCAAAAAGGGCUCAAAUCGCUAGAAAUUGUGCUUCGCUCGGUAGCUUGCAAGUGCGCGCGUGCGGGAACAUUGUCAUCGGUGCCGUUUGGCGAUGCGCUCGGGCAUGAAAACGGCGCACAACUUUUGCUGAAAAGUUUCACUUUAGAGGCAGGUUCCAUUGCUGCUGCUGCCUCCUGCUGCACUUUCCCGUGCCGUGUCGUUGUCCCGUCCGUCGUCGUCGUCGUCGUUGAAUCGCGAUCAUUUAUCAUCACCCGUCGUCGUCUUCGCCACUUCGCAAGUGCAUUUGAAGGCAAGGGAGCAAAAAGAAAGAUAAAAAAAGUCCGUUCAAAAACAAAGGGAAAAGGGCCCAAGCCGGAAGGUUCCCUCGCCGCUCCCACCUCGGUUCCGUCCGUCCGUCGAUGCAUUGAACAAUGUCGAAGAACAAAAUCGCCACCUCCAAGCUCGAGAGCGAUCACAUCGAGGUCAAGUCCAAGUUUGAUGCCGAGUUCCGGCGAUGGUCGCUGAAGCGAUCCGAGCAGCACAGCUUCGACGAGUUCCAGUCGCUGCUCGAGCGCCUGCACAAACUGGACCGGUCCCAGCUGCUGGUGUCCUACAUCGACCCGCGGGACAACGAUCUGCUGCCGAUCAACAACGAUGACAACUUUGGCCGGGCGCUGACCACGGCCCGCCCCCUGCUGCGUGUCAUCAUCCAGCGGAAAGGCGACAGCACAGAGGAAAUCACCGGCUACGGCACGAUAAGACCGCGCAACCUAAUCAGCAGCAUCCUCGGCCAGACGCCGGUCAAAUCGCGCGGGCUGGCCAUCUCCAAUCCGCAUGACUUUCGCCAGGUCUCCGCGAUCAUCGACGUCGACAUUGUUCCGGAAACUUGCAGACGCGUUCGGCUGCUGAAGCAUGGCAGCGACAAACCGCUCGGGUUCUACAUUCGUGACGGAACAUCGGUGCGCGUGACGGCCAACGGGCUGGAGAAGCAGCCGGGCAUUUUCAUCUCCCGCCUGGUCCCGGGAGGGUUGGCCGAGAGUACGGGCCUGCUGGCCGUCAACGACGAGGUGCUAGAGGUGAACGGAAUCGAGGUGAACGGCAAAACGCUGGACCAGGUCACGGACAUGAUGGUGGCCAACAGCUCGAACCUGAUCAUCACGGUAAAGCCGGCGAACCAGCGGACACUGGCGCCACCGCGGCGUGGCUCGUUCUCGCGCAACAGUCAACUGUCGGGCGGUUCGCACCAGUCGCACCAAACGACCAACUCGGACGACCAGGAUCAGGACGACCAGGACGAGAUCCGCGAUCUGACGGGGGCCGCCACGCUCGAGGAGAACGCCCUCAUCACGCAGCGGGACGGAGUGCUGCAUCUUUAGAGUGUACUUUAAUUAUCUUAAUUAGCACCUCCUUCCUCCUGUUUCCCCCAGAACCUUCACGAUUACGAGACAGUCGAUCAACUCCCCCUCCCAACUCGCCGCGAACGCAAUUGUGACUUCAGUAUGUUUCCAGUUUUUUUUUUCUUUGAUGUGUUUUAUAAGUUUAUAUAUUAAAUUAAGAGCAAACAGUAUUUUAUAAAAACAUUCCGUUCGUUAUAUUUUGCACACAGUGAAGAUUCGUGUUUAUACUGCGCUGCGCUAUUUACGGCAGACUAUUGUUCUGUAUUCAAUAAAGAAAAAAAAACUUACUUUAAUGUUGUCUACACACAUAUGUUUGUUCGAUGUUUAAACGUAACUUUAUGUAGAAAGGAAGAAGAAAAAAGUAUUUGCAACAGCAUUCCAUUUAUAAAUCUAAUAAGUCUGUGCAACUGUUUCAAACAUUCCUUCCCCCGAAAGAAAAAAAAACACUUAAGUUGCACUCGCUAGUAUUUCCAUUCCAUGCACGAGGUCUCUUUAGCAUUUUUGUACUUAAGAAUCGUGGUAAGCAAGUUUCGUUCCGUUUAGUGAGAUCGGUAUUAUAGAAAAGUUAGUUAUUUCAUUCCUCACAGUUCUGCAAAAGACGAGGAGACGUGCUCAAUUGGCAAAGCAGAAAGAAAAAAACGCAUCAAAAUUAUGCCUUUACACAAGAUAGUAUUUUGGAUACUAGUGCCUUUUAGUAUCAAAAAAAUUAAAAUAAAAAAAUAGUUUAUCAUCAAUUAGGAUCGAUUUUGAUCAAACAACCCAAAUAUGCCUUGCUAUACAAGUUCAUGAUGACGAAAUAAAUAAAAGAAACACAACAUUACUAAUCGAUAGAAACAUUUAAAAAAAGGACGCUAGAAUUAGGCGCACGCGAUAGCAAAAACCAGCAAUAGAGCAAAUAAGAAGAUCGAGAGAAGUUACGCAAAGAGAUCACCCAACUCCACUUAAACAACAACAACAUCAAAAAAUCAUGUCGAGAACAAAAACUGGGCCUUGCUAUACACACACAUACAAAACAAAACAAAAAGACAGACAACCAAAAUGAAAUUAUUUAUAAACGGUGAUAACGCUGAAAUUGCAAGUGUGGGAAACUUACUCAAAAAUGAAGCCGAUUGAAUCUGCACUUUGGGCAAAGAAAAAUGAUAAAAAAAAAAAUAAAUAAACCGUAAAACAUUUGCGAUGAAAAGUGAACGAAAGGGAGGGUAAGUUUUACUUAAACAUUACUUAAAAAAUCUUCACAAUUUAUAUCAGUAAUUUGGAAGUAAACUUGGCGAGAAUAAAAAAAAAACGCGGUUAAACUAUUAAAUAAUGUGUAUAACAGUUGUUUAAAGCAAAAUAUAUAACAUUUUAUAGAACGACA